GAACUUUUGAGAAAACCUGGCCUACUGUGAACAGAAUACUGCGCCAUCGGUGUCCUGACGUCCUUUACCUCUUUGAUGCUCUCCUCACCAUCCCUGCAAGUACAGCUGACUGUGAAAGAGGGUUCAGUGUCAUGAAGCAGGUGGCGGUAACACGUUCAUUGUUCUCCGAGCGCCAACCAAAACCAAGACGAAGAAGAAGUAAAGGACUGUUGGCAAAGUUAGCUUGUUGUAUGAGGUGAAUAUUGAGUCUCUGGGUUAAACAUGUAUUCAGGAGAGUCUCUGAUGGACUUUGUCAACAAGCAAGUAGCUACUGCUAGAAAACUCAUCACGAAGGUUGAAGAAGCCUUGGCCCAGUUCGAGGAAGGGCUCGGUGAUCAGCGCAGACUGUCGGAUAUGAGCUGGGAACCACAGAGCAGCUCACACGGAGCAGAACUUCCACAGAUUCAUGUCUGGGAAAACAAGAUGGCUCUGACUGACCAGCAGCUCUCUAAACAGAAAUGGACCUCCAGUUUGGACCAGAAGGAACCAGAACCUCCACUGAUGAAAGAGGAACAACAAGAACUCCUUAUCCAUCAGCAUGAAGGGCAGUUUCUUCUGAAGCAGGAAGUUGUUACCUUCAUGGAGCCUUCUCCUUCUGAAGAAACAGACUGUCAUGAACCAGAACCAAACAAGAACCAACCCUUGUGUCAGAGUACUACAGAAGCUGAGAACCAAGAUCAGGGUGGAUGCAGGAAAGAAAACUCAGAAUCAAACAGCAAUGAAGAACUGACACGUAAAAAAAUAUGCCAAUCCAAAGAUCACAGAGACAGUGUAGAUGAUAAAAAACAAAAAAGGAACAAGAGGGCUCACACAGGUAAGAAGCCAUAUUCAUGUAAAACUUGUGGUAAAUGUUUUAGUGUCAGUAGUUCCUUGACUACACACAUGAGAAUUCACACAGGAGAGAAGCCAUAUUCAUGUAAAACUUGUGGUAAAUGUUUUAGUGUCAGUGGUCACUUGACUACACACAUGAGAACUCACACAGGUGAGAAGCCAUUUCCAUGUAAAACUUGUGGUAAAUGUUUUAGUGACAGUAGUUCCUUGACUACACACAUGAGAAUUCACACAGGAGAGAAGCCAUAUUCAUGUAAAACUUGUGGUAAAUGUUUUAGUGUCAGUGGUCACUUGACUACACACAUGAGAACUCACACAGGUGAGAAGCCAUAUCCAUGUAAAAUUUGUGGUAAAUGUUUUAGUGACAGUAGUACCUUGACUACACACAUGAGAACUCACACAGGUGAGAAGCCAUUUCAUUGUAAAAGUUGUGGUAAAUGUUUCUCACAGAGUGCUGCUUUGAUUUAUCACAUGAGAACUCACACAGGUGAGAAGCCAUAUUCAUGUAAAACUUGUGGUAAAUGUUUUAGUGACAGUAGUGCCUUGACUACACACAUGAGAACUCACACAGGUGAGAAGCCAUUUCAUUGUAAAAGUUGUGGUAAAUGUUUCUCACAGAGUGCUGCUUUGAUUUAUCACAUGAGAACUCACACAGGUGUGAAGCCAUAUCCAUGUAAAACUUGUGGUAAAUGUUUUAGUGCCAGUAGUUCCUUGACUAAACACAUGAGAACUCACACAGGUGAAAAGCCAUAUCCAUGUAAAACUUGUGGUAAAUGUUUUAGUGGCAGUAGUAACUUGACUACACACAUGAGAACUCACACAGGUGAGAAGCCAUAUCCAUGUAAAACUUGUGGUAAAUGUUUUAGUGGCAGUGGUGACUUGACUAAACACAUGAGAACUCACACAGGUGAAAAGCCAUAUCCUUGUAAAAUUUGUGGUAAAUGUUUUAGUGACAGUAGUCACUUUACUACACACAUGAGAACUCACAUUAGGGCUGCACGAUAUUAGGAAAACCUGCGAUAUUCGAUAACAGUGCUUAAUAUUGCGAUAUCGAUAUUACUCACGAUAAAUGAACAAAUACUAAAGUAUGCAGUGUUGAUGUCUGGUGUGUGACGGCUGCUCUGAGUUUAAAGCAAACAAAAACUAAUGCAUGAAUUCCAUUACAACAUAACAUUUUUAGUGCAAAAAUAUGCAGCUGCACCUGCUACUGUAUUAGCAGCAAAACAACAAACUGCAUGCAUGCAGUUUCUCAGUGACUUUAAAACAUCACCACCACCAUAAAACUUUUUCUGAUGCUCCAAUUACAGAAAAACAUCCCUUACCAGGGUUUUUGAGUAAAUAAAAAAAGUCAGAAAGUAAGUUUAAAUGUUAAAUAAUAGUUAACAUCACUUAAAUGCAACAGCAAAUUCUGUCAUUGCUACUGAACAUUUUCUCCACUUAUGUGGUUAUGAUAUAAGGCUGUUGCUGCAAUUGGAAAGUGAACUGUGCUGGGCCAAACUAGGAGAAUAUUAAGAUUUUCUGAGGGAAAGAGAAAUCAAUUGUCUACCUUUCAGAAGAGGAACUGGCAAAAAACUGCAUGGAAAAUAUGUGAAAACGUUUGUUUUUAACCCCAAAUUGAACAAGUUUACCUAGAUCUUAAAAAGCAGCUCAGAUGAUGAAAUUGCAACUAUGAUUCUGAUAACAAGCUAACAAAUUGAACUUGCUCCUCUAAGAUAACCGGCUAGCAGAGCUUCUGACUGACAGUUUAUGUGCAGCAGCAAAUCAACUAUCCUGAUUAACAGGGUUAUAAAAGUUCAUAAAUGAAAAAUCACUUUGAUGUGUGGGGGAACUUUUCCAGGCCCUUUUUAGCAGGGUGGGACUGGGAGGAGAGUGCUGUAGCCUUUUAGCUGGAAGCUAACCAGAGCCACCACCCGGUGGAACACUAGCAACAUGGAGGUGGGUUUGUUCACCGGCACGUGUCUGAGUCAGCCCGGUAAAAAUGAUUAACGACACGGAGCAUACUCGCGUUCACGUUUGAAAGCAGCGCUGAUUCCAGAAACCUCAGCACAAAGUGCGUUCAUUGCUCUGAACCAGCAUGACGAACAAGGGAACGGCGCCGCUAAUGUUCGGGUGUUGCUUUCCAAAAGGGUCUACGUAGGGGGCGGGCGUAUUACGUUAACGGACCCAUCUGAUUGGCUGCAUAUCAGAAGGGCUACAUUUGAUUGGUCAAAUAAUACUUCCGCGUAAAAAACAGAGCUGGUUUACAAAAAGUUGAUGUAUGACACGGAUGGAAAUGUUUGAACCAAACAUUUAUUGCCGUUUUUGACGUGCUUUGCGAUGGGCCUAUCGCACGUCCUGUUAUUGCGAUGAUGAUAAUUUUCGAUAUAUUGUGCAGCCCUAACUCACAUUAUAUCAUUGAAUUUCUAAAGCCUCAUACUCCAACCCGAGCCCUCAGAUCCACAAACUAGAACCUUCUAGAAGUUCCAAAGACCAAUUAUAGAAGUCCAGGUGAUGGCUCCUUCCAGACUGUUGCACCCUGACAUUGGAGUGGUCCUCCUUUUAGCCUUACGUAGUCUUGACAGUCUGGACACUUAAAAAAAAACAGCAGAAGACCCUUUCAUUUAAAGCUGCUAUUUCUCAGUAUUGUAUUUUCUUAUUUUUAACUCAAAUUUGUAAUCAUCUUUCCUUUGUUUAAUGGUAUUUUAUAAAUAUGUGACUUAGAUUUUUAUUUCUGUUUUAAGAUCACUAUGAUUUUAUGACUUAAUGAUUUGUUUUGAUCUAUGUGAAACACCAUGUGAUUUUCUGUCUGUGAUGAGUGCUAUAUAAAUAAAAUGUACAUACAUGUGAAAAGCCA